AUGGAAAGCCGUAAAAUUACUAUAAGGUCAGCUGAUGGUACGAGCACCAUCAGGCCACCGGAGGUGUCCCGCAGCGAUCGGUCCUUGGUCCCACACUGUGGAACGUCUUCUAUGAUGACGUCCUCAGGAUGGAAGUACCGUAAGGGGUGCAGCUUGUCGGGUUCGCCGACGAUUUAGCAAUACUUGCAGCUGCACAUACAUCAGAUGCUCUGGCUGGUGUGGUGAACCCCGCGUUAGAUGCUAUCGACGCCUGGAUGGGAGACCAUGGACUUCGGCUAGCACGACACAAGACGGAGGCCAUCAUGUUGACAAAGAAGUGGGCGUACCAGGAUCCAGUACUGUUAGUAGGGGAGGGGGCACUCAGUUCCUUUACUAAAGAAGGUGCGAUACUUAGGACUUCAUCUUGAUCCUCACUUAACCUUUAGUGGACACUAUAGGACCGUCUCGGGUAAGGCGUCCAAGGCAGCUUUGGCUAUAGGGCGACUUAUGCCUAACCUUGGAGGGCCCUCCCAAUCCAAGAGAGCGCUGCUAAUGUCUGUAGUUAACAGAAGGCUGCUGUAUGCCUCAUCGAUAUGGGCAGAUAGAGCAACAAAGUACGCUAUUUGUCGGAACCUUAUGACACGGCCUCAAAGGUUGGCGGCCCAAGAGUGACGAGGGCGUACCGCACCGUCUCUGCUGAAGCAGCUUUAUUCCUGGCAGGCACCCCUCCGGGCGAUCUUCUCGCUUUGGAACGCAAAAGAAUCCGGGGCAAAAUGGUUGACCCAGAUAGAGUGGGCUCUAAGAAUGAGAUCCGGGAAGAGGAGCGUGGCAUCCUGCUCGCAGCCUGGCCCAUCAGGUGGAGGGACGGUAGGAACAGAGCCUGGACGCGUAAGAUCCUCCCGGAUCUGAUAAGAUGGGUGAGAAGACGUCCCAAAGAUCUCACGUUCCACGUUACACAGGUUCUCACGGGACAUGGGUGCUUCAGGGACUAUUUGCACCGGAGGAAUCGCGCCCCUGAUGCAGCUUGCCUCUACUGCCAGCAUCCGACGGAUACUGCAGAACACACUAUUUUUUACUGCGCUCAUUGGAAACCAAUACGGCUAGUAGUGAACAAGUUCGUAGGUAGCCGAAACAUUACUCCAAGUGAUGUACAGGACAUGUUGUGUGGUCCCUCUGACGUCCCGAUUUGCAUGAGCGAGCGAAUAAUGGUUGCCUCUCAACGCGCCACGCAAGCUUUUUAUGAAAUGGUCGAAGACAUUUUUAGCUGCAAAGAGCAAGAUGAGAGGCUAGCUGAGGCCGAAGCAAGAGCUGCUCUAAACGUCUGA